AGGAGCCCACUCGGUCCCUCUCUUCUCUUUCCCCCUGAGCUUAGCCCAGCCGGCCGGACGAGUGCAAAUGACUCACCAACAAGGGUUCCAGAGCGGAGGCUACAGCAGCGUGCUACAUGGAGGCUCUAUAAUACCGGGGGAAUACCGCGGCCCGACCGGUAGACUAGCCUCGUGCCUUUCCCGGGGCGCACAUUCAUCACUCGUGCGGAUAGAUAUGUUUGUUGUAAUGUGCACGCGUGCUUUUGGCGAGGACAUGGCUGAGCGCGAGGUUUGAUGGAGGAGAUUGGUGGAUUACAGCGAGUGGAAGCGUGCUAUGGCAUCGUGCAGGUGCCCACUGGACCCUGGUUCUGCAGGAAGUGUGAAUCUCAGGAGAGAGCAGCCAGAGUGAGGUGUGAGCUGUGCCCCCACAAAGAUGGCGCCCUCAAGAGGACAGAUAACGGAGGUUGGGCCCAUGUGGUGUGUGCCCUUUACAUCCCUGAAGUGGAGUUUGCUAACGUCUCCACAAUGGAACCCAUCGUACUGCAGUCUGUCCCCCAUGAUCGCUACAACAAGACGUGUUAUAUCUGUGAGGACCAGGGCAGAGAGAGUAAAGCUGCCACCGGAGCCUGCAUGACCUGCAACAAACAUGGCUGCCGACAAGCCUUCCACGUCACAUGUGCCCAGUUUGCUGGGUUGUUGUGUGAGGAGCAGGGGUCGGAUGCAGACAACGUCAAAUACUGCGGCUACUGCAAGUACCAUUACAGCAAACUGAAACACAAAGAGAGGGAGAGACACAAACCCAAACACAAGAAGAUUCUAGAGCUUUCCUCCACCCUCGCUCCAACUCCCAUGGUCACCUCAGACAAGAGCUACAGCAGCGGUGGUGGAGGAGGAGUCUCCUCUUUGCCCACCUCAUCGCAGAAGCGAUUGGAUGACAGUGCCGCCCGUUUCACCACCGCCAACUUCCAGGAAGUGCCUGUGCACUCCGGGAGUACUAAGGAUGCCCCCCCCACGGGGUCAGAGAGCAAACAAGGGUCUGAGGUCAAACAGGGCAAGAAGAGCAUUAGCCAUGGGAUUGGUGUUCAGCGGGGACGCAAGUCCCUCACACCUGGGAAGCCCCUCCCCUCUGCUGUGGUCACUACAGCAACCUCCUCCACUGCCGCCUCCUCCACUGGAACCUUUCAUCAAGCCCUCCUGCUGUCAAAUAAGACGUCCUCCACCGUGACUCCUCCCACCUCUGACUUUCUGGGCUUCUCUGAUCCGUUGCUGCGCUCUGGAGGCGGGGACUCCUUCUCCCCGCCCUCGUUCAGCCGUUGCCUAGUGAAGCCCAGUGAGCUCACGUCCUCGGAGGGCAUGGCGUCGCUCAGCACCUUCGGUUCCAUGAUGUCGCUUCCUGCCAGCGGUGGCGUAGCCGGCGGUAAACUGUACGAGAACUCUCACAGCGAGCCAACGGGGAACGUUGCUGCCACGGCCGGCUACAAACGCUCCUCAUCAUCCUCCUCUUCCUCUGCUGCCUCCUCCUCUGGGCCAGGGAUGGGGGGAGAAGUAGGAGAAGAAGGAGUGAAGGGAAAGAAGAAGAGAGGAAACUGGAGGAACCGAUAUGGACCCUGCUUCAAUGCUCCUGACGGCAUGGCUACAGACGGAGCUGAGCACCACACAGCACCGCUACCUCUCCCCUCAUCGUCCUCUUCUCUCUCCUCCACCUCAUCCUCCUCUCCUUCCCCCUCCUCUACCAGCGCUCUGCCAGGCCGGCCCGGUGGAGGAGAGAGAGGAGGUGUCAGCAGUGGGAUCCAGAAGUCUCCUUCCUUACUGAGGAACGGCAGUGUGCAGAUUGAUGGAGUCACCUCUACUCCUUCUGGGAUCGGUGCAUUCUCCAGUGGUGACGUGUCAUCAGGGGCGGGACCUGUUGCUAUGGGUGGCGCUAACUCUGAGUUGCAGCAGCCGACACCCUCACUAGCCCCUCCCACUCCCCUUACUGCCACAGCCCCCCUGACCAGCACAGCCUCCUCCCAUGUGAGUGGGUUACCAGGUCUAGUGUUCAACAUGGCUCCCUCCCACAUGUUUGGAAACCGACUCAACCCCAACUCUGCCAUGGCUGCUCUCAUCGCACAGUCUGAGGCUUCCCCCGCAGAUCAGGAUGUUGGAGAUGGAAACAGUGUUGGAGCUCAGGGCUUCCCCAGACGAGCCUCUCCCAAGACCACCCUCUCUCCACAUUCUCCUCUAGGUGGGCUACAGAUCCGGUAUGACCCAGGGUCAGGGUCAGCGUUAGGUUCAGGUCAGGCGGGCGGAGGGGACACCUCUAUAGAACAGCUGCUGGAGAGACAGUGGAGCGACGGACAACAGUUCCUACUGCAGCAGGGAGGACAGGGAGAUGUGUUGGGGAUGUUGAAGUCCCUGCAGCAGGAGAACAGCCCGCCUCAAGCUCAACGGGUUGCCAUGGAAACAAUGCUGCUGGGAGGGGAAGCUGAGAUCCUAUGCGGGUUCUGA